AUGGUUUUUCGCAAAGUAAAGGUCGGAAUUAUUGGGUACGUCACAAUCUAUGUCGUGGAACGUCCAUGUUCCUCCAAUAUAUUCGGCCCUUUACUGACCACUCCGUUCCAUUUAUAUUCAUUUCGUAGCUGCGGGGAGGUGUCACAGGUGAUACAUAUACCAAAUUUCCAACACCUCUCAGACAUAUUCACUGUCACUUACUUGUGUGAUAUUUCUGCUAUGGCCCUGGAGCACUGCAAAGGCAAAAUCUCCAAUCCGCAUCUUCAGACCACCAAGAAUGCGGAAGAGUUAUGCCAGUCUCAAGAGGUGGAGGUCGUUCUUGUUGCGAGUAAUGACGCGUACCAUGUUCCGCAUACCCUACUCGCCCUGAAAUACAACAAGUUUGUCUUUUGCGAGAAGCCAAUGGCUCUAUCGUUAAAGGACGCUGAAGCCGUCUUGGAGGCUGAAAAGCUUUCGUCUGGUAGGGUGAUGGUUGGGUAUAUGAGGCGGUAUGCAGGGGCCUUUGUCGACGCCAUCAACGAAAUAGGUGGCAUUGGCGGCGUCACUCAUGCAACAGUCAGGGAUAUCCUCGGUCCCAACUCGUGUUUUAUUGCACAGUCAGGCACUUUUCCUAAGAAGUUCUCGGAUCACAAUGAAAACGAUGCAGUAGAGCUUGCCACAAUGACAAGCCAGGCCCUGGAACAGGCAUUAUUCGUUGAGCUUGGUAUUCCGGUUAACCCAACCACUGCCAACAUGUGGAAACACUUGUCGGGGCUGGCUUCCCACGACCUGAGUGUCAUGAGAGAGUGUUUAGGAGUUCCGAACAGGGUGCUUGGUGCUUCUAUUUGUUCAGAUACAGGUCCCCAGUUCUGGAGGUAA